AUUAGAAUUUUUCGUUUAAUUUUUGAAAAUGAAUGAUAAAGAUAAUCCACUUCAUAUAACGUGGUGUAAUCGUGUACGAUUUCCACCAUUAAAUCAACACAAUGUUCUUACAUAUUUUGCUGAUAAAAGUAACCCGUUCUAUGAUCAUACAUGUAAUAAUGAACAUCUUAAAAUGAGAAAUCUACAUCCACGUGAAUUGGAAAAAAUGAAAGGAAUCGAAUACAUUCUGUUACAUAGUAAAGAACCGAUAUUGUUCGUUAUACGUAAACAGCAACGACAUUCACCGACAUAUGUAGUACCAAUAGCUAAUUAUUAUAUAAUCGCCGGUGUUAUAUAUCAGGCACCGGAUCUUAAAUCAAUUAUUGAAUCCAAAUUAUUGACAACAAUUUAUUCAUUACAAUCGGCAUUCGAAGAAUGCUUGAAUUAUGCACGUUUUCAUCCAUCCAUCGAUUAUACAUGGAUAUUUGAUCGCGAUAAUUCCAAUGAUAUGAUGAUUAAUUUUAAAGAAGAUGGACAAUCAAAUGAUAAUAAUCAUGAAAAUGGUAAAGAUUCAUCAUCCAGCACCAGUAAUCAUAAUAAUAAAAACACCAGUAGCAAAGAAACAUUCAUAAUUGAUGGUAAUAAUCAGAUGCGAUUACGUUAUCGUGAAAGUGUUGAUGGAUUAUUAUGGCAUCUAUUGCAAAAAUUUCCACCCAAUCCUAUUGGUGGUGGUGAACAAAAACAAUUGACCAUUCAAUCAUCGAAUACUAAUAUUAAUCAACAGCAGAUUGAUUCACAGCAAACAAAUUCAUCAUCAUCUAAACAACAAUCGACAACAGCAACAACUAAUGGAUCGACAAUUAAAAUGGAAGAUGAUCAUGAUCAUAGCGUCAUUGGUGGCGGAUUUAAUAAUGAACAGCAACGAGUGAAAACGGGACAAAAAUCUACAGCAUCGAUGAUGAUGAUGAAAAAACCAAAAUUAAAUUAAUUAAUUAAUAAUCAA